GCCGGGACGGAAGAGGAGGAGGCGGAGGCGGAGGCGGCCGUGGCCGUGGUGUUCGCCCGCCUGCUUGUUCGCUCGGUUUCCCCGCCCCCGCCGGUCUCACCGCGACUGAAGGGAGCUGGGUGCGUGCUGUCGCAACCUGACCCCAUCCUGGCCGGCUACAGUAAGACCGGACCCGCAUCCAGGCGAACCUCCCUGUCCCGGCGUCUGCGGCGCGGGCUCCGCGGGGCGAAGGCGGGCGGCCCGGGCUCCUGAAGGUUACCGAGUGCAUGAGCUCCUAGCCUCCCGCGCUGCCCCGCCCGCCAGCCCGCCGGCCCGCCCGCCGGCUCGUCCGCCCGCCCCUCGGCGCCCGGCGGCGGCGGCGGCGGCGGCGACGGCCACAGGAGGCGCCGUCUUCUUCCCAGGUGCGCGCUUCGCCCCCGGAGCCGCGGAACUCGGCGGCCGCCAUGGCGUCCAACAUGGACCGGGAGAUGAUCCUGGCGGAUUUUCAGGCAUGUACUGGCAUUGAAAACAUUGAUGAAGCUAUUACAUUGCUUGAACAAAAUAAUUGGGACUUAGUGGCAGCUAUCAAUGGUGUAAUACCCCAGGAAAAUGGCAUUCUACAAAGUGACUAUGGAAAUGAAACUAUAUCAGGACCUGCAUUUGAUCCAGCAAGUCACCCAGCUCCAGCUCCUGCUCCCUCUUCCUCCUCGGCAUUUCGACCUGUAAUGCCAUCUAGGCAAAUUGUAGAAAGACAACCUCGGAUGCUGGACUUCAGGGUUGAAUACAGAGACAGAAAUGUUGAUGUGGUACUUGAAGACAGCUGUACUGUUGGAGAGAUUAAACAGAUUCUAGAAAAUGAACUCCAGAUACCUGUGUCUAAAAUGCUGUUAAAAGGCUGGAAGACUGGAGAUGUGGAAGACAGUACGGUCUUAAAAUCGCUACAUUUGCCAAAAAACAACAGUCUCUAUGUUCUUACACCAGACUUACCACCACCUUCAUCAUCUAGUCAUGCUAGUGCCCUGCAGGAGUCAUUAAAUCAAAACUUCAUGCUGAUCAUCACCCACCGAGAAGUCCAGCGGGAGUAUAACCUGAACUUCUCAGGAAGCAGUACCAUUCAAGAGGUAAAAAGAAAUGUGUAUGACCUUACGAGUAUCCCCGUACGCCAUCAGUUAUGGGAGGGUUGGCCAACUUCUGCCACAGAUGAUUCAAUGUGUCUUGCUGAAUCAGGGCUCUCUUAUCCCUGCCAUCGACUGACAGUGGGAAGGAGAUCUUCACCUGCACAGACCCGGGAGCAGUCCGAGGAGCAAAGCACCGAUGUUCAUAUGGUUAGUGAUAGUGAUGGAGAUGACUUUGAAGAUGCUCCUGAAUUUGGGGUGGAUGAUGGAGAAGUAUUCGGCAUGGCGUCAACUGCCCUGAGAAAAUCUCCAAUGAUGCCAGAAAACGCAGAAAAUGAAGGAGAUGCCUUAUUACAAUUUACAGCAGAGUUUUCUUCAAGAUAUGGAGACUGCCAUCCUGUAUUUUUUAUUGGCUCAUUAGAAGCUGCUUUUCAAGAGGCCUUCUAUGUGAAAGCCCGAGAUAGAAAGCUUCUUGCUAUCUACCUCCACCAUGAUGAAAGUGUAUUAACCAAUGUGUUCUGCUCACAAAUGCUAUGUGCUGAAUCUAUUGUCUCUUAUCUGAGUCAAAAUUUUAUAACCUGGGCUUGGGAUCUGACAAAGGACGCCAAUAGAGCAAGAUUUCUGACCAUGUGCAAUAGACACUUUGGCAGUGUUGUUGCACAAACUAUUCGUACUCAAAAAACAGACCAGUUUCCACUUUUUCUGAUUAUUAUGGGAAAGCGAUCAUCUAAUGAAGUAUUAAAUGUGAUACAAGGUAACACAACAGUGGAUGAAUUAAUGAUGAGACUCAUGGCAGCAAUGGAGAUCUUCACAGCCCAACAACAGGAAGAUAUAAAGGAUGAGGAUGAACGUGAAGCAAGAGAAAAUGUGAAGAGAGAACAAGAUGAGGCCUAUCGCCUUUCACUUGAGGCUGACAGAGCAAAGAGGGAAGCUCAUGAGAGAGAGAUGGCAGAACAGUCUCGUUUGGAGCAGAUUCGAAAAGAACAAGAAGAGGAACGUGAGGCCAUUCGGCUCUCCUUAGAGCAGGCCCUGCCUCCAGAGCCAAAAGAAGAUGCUGAGCCCGUGAGCAAACUGCGGAUCCGUACCCCCAGUGGAGAGUUCCUCGAGAGGCGUUUUCUGGCCAGCAACAAGCUCCAGAUUGUCUUUGAUUUUGUAACUUCCAAAGGAUUUCCAUGGAAUGAGUUCAAGUUACUGAGUACCUUUCCUAGGAGAGACAUUACCCAGCUGGACCCAAAUAAAUCACUGUUGGAGGUAAAGUUGUUCCCUCAAGAAACCCUUUUUCUUGAAGCGAAAGAGUAAGCACGCCCAGCGGUGGAACCAGCCAUUCCUUGACUUGCCCGAGGCCUGCGUCAAGAGAAGGGCUCUUUGCCAACCCACCUACACGCUCGUCUCAUUGAAUUCAGUGUCACACUCUGCCUCUUGCAAGAUUGCUGGAAAAAAGUAAUAAUAAACAUAGCUACUUAA